AUGCAUUUAAUUGGUUCAGAGCUCGCUGUAGAGUCAUAUAAACUUUUUGUUGUUUCUUCUGAGAAUUAUCAGUUUGUCCUUCAACUUGGAACUUCAAACCAUCAUUUUUGUCCUUCAGCUCAGAAGUUGUUGGUGGAAGGUAGAAAAUGUAUACAAAAGAAAAAAGAACUAAAAAAUCCUGUAAGGAUUGUCAAAAAGAUAAAAAAAAAUGUUUUGGAGGGAAAACGGCGCCUUGCCCCUUUGAGAGGUCACUGUGAAGAUCAACCAGAAAUUGAAAAUCCAAAUGGUGAUAUUUCUUAUUCGCAGAACGUUCUUGAAGCACCAUCAACAGACAAUAAUUUUCCAUGUUCACCAAAUG